ACCUGUUGUUAGCCGGCAUUUUUGAUCUGGUCUCUGCUGCUCCCAGGCGGCCCCUUUGGGUACUGCCUGAAUACAAGGAGGGAGAAGAGGACCAGUCAUCAAUGAGAGGAUCAGAUUGGGGGAGAAACCCGGUGCAGAAGGCUGUGUGAAAAGGGGAGCACUAAGACCCAGGAGUAGUGAAGGACUGCAGUAACGAGCUGGAGGACCAGGAGAAGUAGGCGGUGGGGGUGGGAGCCAUCUGGUACCUGGGUAGCAUUCGAAACUGCAUCGGCCAUAACAAGAGAAAUGGCCAGUCAGUCCCAGGGUAUCCAGCAGCUUCUGCAAGCUGAGAAGCGGGCGGCUGAGAAGGUGGCAGAUGCCAGAAAGAGGAAGGCCCGACGACUGAAGCAGGCAAAAGAGGAGGCACAGAUGGAGGUGGAGCAAUACCGCAGAGAGCGAGAGCAGGAAUUCCAGAGCAAGCAGCAGGCGGCCAUGGGCUCCCAGGGGAACCUGUCUGCUGAGGUGGAGCAGGCUACAAGGCGCCAGGUGCAGGGUAUGCAGAGCUCCCAACAGAGAAACCGAGAGCGUGUCCUGGCCCAGCUUCUUGGCAUGGUUUGCAACGUCAGGCCCCAGGUUCACCCCAACUACCGGAUUGCUGCCUAGGACCCACUGUAGGGCCUGACUCCUUCUGCUGGUUCCCUUCCUCAAAGAAACCCUUCAGCCGAAAUCACCUCCUACUAUCAUCCUUUUCUCCUUUUUAGUCCCUGGAAAUACUGGGAGGCAGGAUCCAAUAAUUGUCCUAUGAAACUUAUAAAUAUCCUGCUCAAACCUGAAUCUCUUUGUUGUUCUUGAAGCCUCACUAGGCCCUCCUAAACUCCCAAGUCAUUCUCACCCAAAACUUCUGUGAAUUUUGUAACAUGAGAAAGUAGGGACAUGGAAGGUACCUUGACUUCAGAGGCUGGCAGAUUUUGGUCCCUCUCCUGACCCUGCCACUUGCUGGCUGUGCAACCAGGACAAGCUACUUAGCAUGGUAGCCUCAAUGUCCUCUGUGAAACUGAAAUAAUAAUAAUGCCUGCCAUGUGAGAGGUUGCUGUAAUGAUUAGGAAUCAUUCUGUAAAGAGCCUAGCAUGGUUCCUACAAUGUAGUAGCUGUGAUUCAAUAAAGGGAAACCCUGUGAUAUUAUUACUACUCCAUGCUCAUUGGCCAAAAUGUAUAUAGCUGUUUCCUAACUUCCAUCCGUGGCUCUCUAAUUCCAGUUAUUCAUUCUGUGCUAGUAAUUCUCUGAAGAAUUGGUUCUUCCUCCAUCUCUUUUCCCAGAGAUCUUAUAAUCCCUUAAAAGAUAAAAUGAUGAUCUCACAUAGCCCCUCUAUUAUAAUUCCAGAUAGAUACUUCAUCUUGUAGCCCCUCUUUUUGUUUCUCUUAUACUGAUCUUUAUUGGAUUUUCCUUUUUUCCUAUUUUCCCAAAGACCCGUCAGUUGCCCACUGCUUCCUAAGAUCUAAAGUGAUGCAGUAUCCCCUCAUAUGCAUGGCCUUCCUUUCCACGUCCUUGGCAUCUUACUUUCCCUUUGUAACAAUAAAAAAGUAUCAAUAAAAUAAUUAUGGGCAAAUAAAUUGGUGAGUUGAAGCAGC